GUUGUGUCACGGUUCAUCGACUUUUACUGAUCGACGAAGUUGUUUUGUUUACAUCGUUUCACCCACCUAAAGUGUAAAGAUGGUGGUCUGUAUUUUUAAUGUGUAACUAUAAUCGUAGUUUUAUAGCACGACAAUGGGUUCAGGAAUGAGUCAGAUUCUUCCUGGUCUCUAUGUAGGAAACUUGAGAGAUGCCAAAGAUGCAGAACAGCUAGAAGCUAAUAAGAUCACGCACAUUUUGUCUAUUCAUGACAAUGCUAAACCUUUGAUAUCGAACAUGAAAUAUCUGUGUGUUGCAGUGGCAGACCAUCCUGAUCAGAACCUCUCUCAACACUUUGAAGAAUGUAUAGACUUUAUUCAUGAAUGCAGACUAAGUGGAGGUGCCUGCUUAGUCCAUUGUAUUGCAGGAGUGUCCAGGAGUGUCACAGUAACGGUUGCUUAUAUGAUGACGAUAACUAAUUGUAGUUGGCAAGAAUGUCUUCGAGCUGCACGUGUUGCUCGUGAGGUUGCAAACCCAAACUUUGGAUUUCAGAAACAGUUGCAAGAUUAUCAGCACUCUACCUUAGCUAGUCAACGACAAAGAAUAGGAAAAAUGUUCAAAGAGUCCCCAUUCAAUGAUGAGCAGACAAUAAACAAGCUUCUAAGUAAAGAGAAUAGGAAAACAGAUAAGGAGGAAGAAGCCAGGACUUACCAACUCCCACCUAAUGCGUAUGCUUCUAAAUAGGAGAGUUACAAUAGGCUGUUUUGUUCCUUCAACUACGCAUCUCCGUGUCAAAAAAAAUGUACGCUGGCAAUCAGUUUAAAUACUGGUAUUAUUUCGUAUUUAUUAACUGUAUACAUUCACUGUCAUGUAUUAUUUGUUUUAAUAUGCCUUUGUGAAUAGAAAAUACAGGAUACGACGGUCUAAGACUUCGACUUGCAAUAACAACUUUUUUCUAAUUUUGGACUGUACUGGUAUAUGUAUUUAUAAUGCACCUCUUCCUUAAUGUUAUAAAGCGCAGUUCUUUUCCCUGGUUAUUGGGUCCACAUGCUUUAAGUGUUUGCUGCUGGUAAUCAGCACAGGAGCAGGCAACCCCACCAGGUAUCCAUUUAUACUCCUUGGUGGAGAGAAGCAAUGCAGAUAAAGUGCCUUGCUCACAGACACAAGUGAAAUGUACAGUGAGGGGUAGAAACACUGGCCUGAAGGUUAGGAAACCAAACUGUUCCUGCUGCGCCAAACCGCUUCCUCCAUUCCCACAUUCCGUACUGUGACAGCACUGUACCCAGUCCUUGCAAAUUUGGAAGACUUUUGGAGACUUGAUUGGUCAGUCAAAUUUGUAAGCCUUACACAUUCCGUUGGGGACAGGGCAGUAAAAACACUAGUGAAUUUUAUGGAAACCAGUUUUAACUGUUGGCUCUGUUAAAGAUUUUAUUUUGUUUGAUUUCUGUAUGUAACUUUAUGAAAUUUAACUGUGUUAAAAAAAGUCAGUGGACAUAAUGCGAUGCGAACUGCCUAAUAAUGUGCCCUUUAUGUCAAUUAUGCAAUUAAUUAAUUAAUUCUUUAUGAAAAUGUAUGCAUAUAAGUGUACUUGUGAAGCCAUUUUGUACAAUGCAUGUUGGGAACAUUUAAUGAAAGUGCAGUACAUUAUAAUCUUUAAUAUACAUAUUUUACAAGUUUUGUUGUGCUGAAAUAUUUGUUUUCAUUUUUGAUUUGGUGCCUUCAAACAACUACUGGGAUUUAUUAAACAAAAUUGCUUAUGUCAUGUAGCAAACUACUUAAGCUUUAAAAUAAAUUUUAAAUUUGAUGUAUGCAUAAUUU